CGCAUGAUACGACAAUAAUUGAAGAUGAUGGUUGCCGGAAGUAGACGUCAUCAGUGCCAACUGCCAACUAACUUGGCUCUCAUCUGAGCUGCGCCUUUCAUCGGAGAAAAUAUAUUUUUCUCUGUUUCUCCUUGUACCCGCACAUAUUUCCACAUUGGAGUCAUUCAGUAGUUAACAUACAUAGUGGGCCUGACACAUAACACUGACAAAUAUGUUUAUUUGGGACUGGUUAACUGGCGUUUUGGGUUACUUGGGUAUGCCAUUGUCUGUUUGUCGCGGACGAUUUGCCAUUCUUGGUUUGCCUAAUUCUGGCCGACAUUCGUUACUAAAGGCUACUUCAGAAGAGCAUCUUAUCGAUCCUGUAGCAUAUCUUGAAACGUCGGAAGAGUUAUCGAUUGGCAAUAUGAGGUUCACGACGUUCGAUCUUGGUGGCCAUUCUCAAGCCCGUAGAGUUUGGAAGGAUUACUUCCCAGCAGUAGACGCGAUAGUGUUUCUCGUCGACGCAAGUGACAGAUCCAGAUUGUCAGAAUCGAGGGCCGAAUUAGACGCUCUAUUAACCGACGAGCAACUCAGUGCGUGUCCAGUACUCGUUCUUGGAAACAAGAUCGACAAACCCGGUGCAGCGUCCGAGGACGAACUUAGAAAUUACUUCAAUCUCUACGGCCAGACAACUGGAAAGGGAAAGGUUGCACGCAGCGAUAUUCCUGGCCGCCCCUUGGAGCUGUUUAUGUGCUCAGUGCUGAAAAGGCAAGGUUAUGGCGAGGGCUUCCGCUGGCUCGCCCAGUACAUUGACUGAACGCACGUAAUCACAAUCUAAACCAAUCUAAACACUCCAAUUUCCAACAAUUUCCCAAGUAUAUUCCUUCCUACGAAAUACCAAUUUACCCAGAACGUCUCUAAUAUCAGGGGGUUCCAAUCCUUGCGCAGAUAUUUUCAUAGACAGUACUAUAACCUCUCAACUGAAGGCUGUCUACAGAUUGGGAAUAUCAAUUAUAGAAUAAUUCAUUGUGAUGUUCUUAGACAGAUCCUGAAAGGAAUGUGUAAGGGCUUAGAAGAAACGUGUAUUGUAUGACCGUGGGUAAUGGACCUCCUUGUUACUGACGUUAACGUCAUCCUGAACCUAUCGUUGACUUCAUUUCCAAAAGUUCUCUCAAUCCCCAUAGAUAUCCUGCCACAGUUUUAAACAAAUAUUACUUCAGUGCUACGGGAUACGUCGAUACCGUUGAGGAGUGAUAUAAAAACCAUUUUGAUAAAUAAAACACGAAUAAAGUAAUUAUUUAAGAAGUGCAAAUCUUCGCGUAAAUUAUUUCUUUAUUUAAUUUCGAUACGUGGCUCGAUCAUUCAUAAUCGGGACAUUCAUUCGUUGCAUGCUAAUGAGUUUUGAAGAUUCUUUUUAUUCUCGUUACAGGUAGCGCGUUGCAGCUUUUUUUUUACGAUCAAUGUUAUUUCGUACUUUUUAAUAACGCUUUAGCGAACGUGUCUUAACUUUUAGAUACAGGGUGCGAUUAUUCUUUACAGUAAUGGUCUCAAGGUCAUUCCUUCUCUUGUACAGUUGUACUCAAUUACUUUAAACCAUAAAUGUAUAAUGAUUGUUAGUCUUUUCUUCUCUUUUUUUUUCCCGUCAAUUGAAACUCAUGCUACCACUUUGCAGUAUACAAUGUUAACUGUAUUAUACAGUUCAUCUAAUCUUUCAUUAUUCAAUUCUCGUACAUCUGUCAUUUAAACACGCUCAUACCUUUAUGCCAAAUUGAUUUUGUUACAUCUGCACACGUCAAAUUAGGUUCAUAUUAAACGAGGAUACAGGAGUGAUAAUGGAUUGAUAAUAGCGACUAAUGUUCAGAUUAGUCACGUCUUGUCUCUUUUUCUCAUGGAAUGUGUCCAAGGUGACUAAUAAGUCAGUUAGUAUAAUUAACAUGCUACUUAGUUUCGUUAGUCAAUACAUCGUAGCUGAAGAUUUUAAUAAAAUUAUAUAAAUUUGAA